AUGUUUAUCAAUAUCAACGACGAUGUGCUUGCCGAAAUCUUCACCUAUCUGUCAACCACUGAAGCUGUUCGUUUAUCUCUUACAUCCAAGCGCAUCCAUCCCCUAGCAAUACGUCAGGUCUAUCAUACCGUAAUCAUCCGACACCUCAAACAAGUCAAGGCAGUGUGCUGGAUGCUACUCCGAGAAAAUGCUCACCGCUUAACAUACGUUCGAGAGUUCAGUGUUCAUUCUGCCGCUCUGAGUGCGGUAGAACAAGACCAUCUUUCUCAAAUUGUGGAAGUGCUUGGACACCCGUUUGCUUCUAGGAUCAGAUGCUUGAAGCUGGGUAUGAUCGAGCGGAUGGUGAAAAGGGAGCCACGUCUCAUUGGCAUCGUGUCUGCGUUACCACAGCUGGUCAGACUAGAACUCAGUCAUGCUGGCAAAGACUCCUUGCUCAUGUUGCAAGGAUUGCACACC